AUGGCUUCUUUAAAGACGUUUAUCAAGGCCGUCAGAAAGGCCAAAACCAUUGCUGAUGAGCGUAAUGUGGUUAAAAAAGAGAGUGCUUCUAUAAGAACAUCGUUUAAAGAUGUCAAUCUUGAUCAGAACACUAGAAGAGUCAACAUUUCCAAGUUGUUGUAUCUUUAUAUAAUUGGCGAGAAAACCCAUUUUGGCCAGGUCGAAUGCAUCAAAUUGCUUGCUUCCCCCAAGUUCAUUGACAAGAGGUUGGGAUACUUAGCUACAAUGUUGUUGUUGGAUGAGAACCAGGAAGUGUUGACCUUAUUGACAAAUUCUUUGGACAAUGAUAUGAAGCAUACUAACCAUUACGUGGUUGCUCAAGCCUUAUGUUGUUUGGGAAAUAUCGCAUCUUUGGAAUUGUCACGGGACUUGUAUCAGAAUGUUGAAAAGUUGAUGCAAUCAAAGAACGCAUAUCUUAAGAAGAAGGCUACAAUUGUGGCAUCCAAAUUAAUAGAUAAGAAUCCAGAUCUUUUGGAGUUUUUCGUGGGCUUUAUCCCUACAUUGAUUACCGAUAAACUGCAAGGGGUUUUAUUGGCCUCGUUAAAGUUGAUUCAAAGCUGUUUCAAUAGUGUUGAAGAAACAGAUCGCUUCAACCUCCCGAAUACAUACACCACAUUAAUUGGGCACUUGAAAAAAUUGAUCACUUCAGGUUAUAAUCCCGAUUAUGAUGUUUUGGGAAUAAAUGAUCCGUUUUUGAUUAUCAACUUGAUUUCUACCUUGAGACUCCUAUCCACGGUGCCUGAUUUACCUGCUAAGAACUUGGAAAUGUUGAACGACGUGUUGACGCAAAUUUGUUCUAAUAUAGAAAUAGGUAAGAAUGUGAACCAUGCGGUGUUAUAUGAGUGUAUCAAGACUAUUUUUUCGAUCAACUCCGACCAAUCCUUAAAGAUUUUGGGUAUAAACUUGUUGGGUAAAUUCUUGUCAACUAAAGAUAACAAUACUAAGUAUGUGGCAUUGAACACUUUGUUGACAGUGGUCAACAUUGAACCUAAUGCUGUACAAAGGCAUAGGUCUAUCAUUGUCAGCUGUUUAAGCGAUGGUGAUAUCUCAAUCAGAAGAAGAUCAUUGGAAUUGUCAUUCGCUAUCUUGAAUGAAUCCAAUAUUCGGAUCUUGAUCAAAGAAAUCGUUAAUUACCUUAAGACCACGGAUGACAAUGACUUGAAACCAUAUAUCAUCUCCCAGUUGAUUUUGUCAAUUGAAAAGUUCAGUCCUAAUGACAACUGGAAAUUCGACAACUUGAUCAAGGUAUUGAACUACUCUGAUAAUCAUGUUCAAAUAGAUUACAUUUCAAAUAUUUUGAGUUUAGUUAUCAGACUAACUGCCACAGACUUGAAGAAGAGUAUUCUACUCAAGAUGUUCAAAUUGAACUAUGAGAACGACAAUAUGAACAAAAACAAAUUAGGUUUAGCGCUAACCACUGUUUGGUGUUUGGGUGAAUAUUUUGAGCUAAUCAAUAACGAACACAUUGAAAUCAAUGAUGAAAAAGUCUUGGUAAACGACGAGAAAGUGUUAGAAUAUUUCAAGAUUUUACUGAACAAUUCAAACUAUUCUAUUGGAGAGACCAACCAGUUAACCAGCUACAUCAUCAAUUCGUUGAUUAAGUUGUCAAAUAAGUUUAGCAACAACAGCUCAUUAAACCAGAUCAAGUUAUUGUUGGAAUCUCAUGCCAAUAGUUCGGAUUUGGAGAUUCAAAUAAGAUCUGUGGAAUAUUUACAAAUCUUGACUCAAGAUUCUAAGUUGAGAAAGGGGUUGUUAUCAAAGAUGCCAGCACCAAAACUUAAGAAGAAAGAAAUGUUAACAUUGAAUGAUAGCACCAACAAGAGACUGACCCCAACACCAAAGUCCCACUCGGAUAACAGGGUUGCGCUUGAGAAUGAUUUGUUGGACUUUAAUGAUGAUGUCGAGAAGAAACCUGAAGUGGUUAUUAAGAACGACUUAUUGUCAGAUAUUUUCAGUAAUUCUAAAUCAACCUCAGCCAAUCCAAGAGCCCACAAUGAUAUUCUUGAUCUUUUUGAUGCACCGACAGUUUCCCAUACUGCACCUACUUCAGUUCCAGUGGCUGAAGAGCUCAUCAUCUAUACCGAUGCCAACAUUGUGAUCAAGUUUCUUCCCAAGUCUGUUGGCAAUGGAUUUGCCCAAAUCGAAUCCCAUAUACAGUCGAAAACAUCCCAAGCUAUCACCAACUUCCAAUUGCUUAUCGCUGUUCCUAAGUCUCAAAAAUUGACCAUUUCCACCAAUAACUUAGUCAACUUGGUAAGCCCAUCCGAUGUGAUUGUGCAAAACAUAAAGUUAACUGGCAAGGAAGGAAGCAAAGUGAAAUUCAGAAUCAAAUUCAAUUACCAUUUAAACGGAAAACUCGUUGAACAUAUGUUCGACUACAGUCUCAAACAAAAUCUUUAAAUUGAUAUAAUCAUAUAUAUCCUAGAUCCUCUAAAAAUUAACACCAGUAGAAACACCAGUAGCCAAAUCAUCGAUGUCGUGGGCAAUGUUGCCACCACCGCUGAUAACUUGAUCAGAGAUAGGCUUGAUGAUGGAGUUGUAAACAGAAACAGCACCACCAAAAGCUGGGAUACCAAUGUACAACAAAAAGACGGUCUUGAAUAACCAGUAGAAUGGAAUCCAAUAAAGGAUAGCCUUGGACCAGAAUUCAAUGACAUUCAAGAACGCAAACACAACCCAGUAGGUCAAUAAUUUGGUAUCAUCGUCGGUUCCAGGAGUAUCCAAGGCAACCAAGGAGUAGUAACCAGGAACCACAAACCCAGCGAUAUUACUUAACAAUUGGCCAAUUCCACCGACAUUUAAGAAAAUCAACACGAAGUAGACACCUAUCGCGGCAAUCACAGCAUAUGAUCUGGGUAAACCUGAUUGUUGUUCGAAUUGGCCUAAAAUACCAAUGUGAGAAGUAGCAUCAACUUGGGAUAAGAUAGAAGUAAUUUGGUCCAUGUUUGACUUAUGAUAAAGAUAACAAGUAUUACUAUUGCUCCCAUUGCUGAGCUGAGUUCGCGAAUGCGGUCCAGGUGGAAUUGUGAAAUCAGUAGAGACACGAACUGUAAGAGCAAUAAAUGAAGGUUAGUAACUGGAUAGUCCGUUGGAGACUACCAUUCUAUCGACAACCCCCUUGAAUGAGGAACUACUCGUUCAGAUGUGAAAUGUGUGGUGCUGUUAGUUGUGUAGUCGCAGUGUUUGUACGCUUAUUUUCAAAUUCAACUCGAUUUGCCUUUUUC